AGAUCAAACAUGGAAAAAAAGAUUUAAUGUGUGUGUAUUUUCUUGGUCCGAUAGACUAUUCUCGUGGCUCUAACUAAUGAAACCGACUCCGCGCGAGAGUUUGGCCGGCGUGCAUGAGACUCACCGGAAUCACCGGAAUUUUAAUGAAAUAGACUCAGCGGACAUGCGUGAGAUGAUUCCGAUUGGCUAUGCCCACGUUGGCUAAUAAUUAGUACCGACCAUUUCAUUUUAAUAUCAACAAGAAUAAAUUAUGAUUUUGUCAUUUAUCUACACUAUUCUCAGUAGACUGGUAAUCAGGUUUUGAAUAUUUGAAAUUAUCUAUUCUUCAUCUUGUCAUGGUUUCCCUGAAAUUUCCCAGGUUAUUUGGGGUGAAGUAAUCAGCCAUCAACAACAGUCCUAUCGCUUGCAUCCUCUGUCUAAAACCAGUUUCCAGUAUGGUAUCUUUCGGUGUUCGUGCUUGUUGAUGUUGAUACAGUAUUUUUCCCGGAUGAUGUUUUGUGAAAAGACAUCGUAGUUUGUGAAAAUUGGCAACUGCUUGAUUUGCUGCUAUGUGUAGUCUUGCUUACUAAUUGAAAUACCAAAAGGAGAAUGGGAUUUGGAAAGACUGAUUUGUCCAAGAUGGACAUGGCUUCACAUGAAAUGUUCAGCACAUUUUUGGCAAAAACUAUACGGUUUGAGGAGUUAGGGAAAGUAGGUGGUGAAUUGCUUUCAAGGUUUCAUCAGGAACUUGACCUAUUCAGAAGGCAACCACUAAAUGAAACGUCUCAAGUCCUGGAAAAUAUCAUUCAAAUGAAUCAGACUGAAAGGUUAAGAACAUACAUUGAUGCUGGCUGUCGACAUUUUCAUGUUGAUGCACAAGUUACAAUUAAAUUAAACAACUCUUUGGAAGGGCUAAAGAAGCACAUUGAGCAAGCCCAAGAAUUACUCAAGGAUAUGGAAUGUAUUUUUAACAAAGCCACUUCUUUGAUGAACGAAGCAAUAAGUUUAUUGAUGGAGGAUUUAUUGAUAUCUGAAGAACAUAGCAUUGACGGUUUGUCAGGAACUGAAAGUAAUGAGCAGGGAAGCCACGAUGAUCAGAAAUUGGAAAUUUCUGAUUAUGUAUCAAUGAUGUCAGUAGUUUAUGGUAUGCUGAGACAAGAUUAUGCAAUGCAGGAAAAGGUGGUUUCCGACUUACAACUUGAUACAUCUUCAGAGAUACUUCAAACGUAUUGUUUUAUGUGGAUGUUGCGUCCAUUUGUAGACGAAAGAAUAAUUACUGAGGCAUUGGUUUGGAUAUAAGGAAUGCCAUUUUGUUCAUUUGGUAAUUUAUCCCUUUCUUGAAUUAUGUUGUCCGUAUAUCUUUGGACUGGGGGAUAUAUAUUGUGUCAAAGUAACUAAAAACAUUCACCGCAAGCAGUUGUUAUAAUUUCACACAUCAAUAUCCUUCAGGAUUUGAACUUGAGGCUCUAAUAUAAAAACCUCAUAGAUAUAGUACUCGAGCUUAUUCCAAUUGAGGAUAUAAGAAAUAUUGUUAUUGUCCAUUUUCCUCCCUUUAUAGUCCAUGUACUGUUAUACAAUCUCUAUUUUUUGUGAAACAUGUUAUUUGGUGUCUUGUCAAUUAGUGUAUGUGUAAUUUGCAAGGGGUGCCUAUUUCUGACCCUAUAUUCUAUUCACAAUUACCAAAAGAUAAUGUAUUUGAAUAUUUAGUAUUCAAUGUUCAUAUUUUGUUUUGGCUA